AUGGGCCCCUCUACAUACCUUAUUCCUCAGUCUUUUCUGAAACCCGAAGUUCUAAUUGAUGAUGCCGACCUGAACGGUUUCUUGGACCGUAGCCAGUCCCAUGGCGCGUUUGCCGAUCUGGGCUACCCGCCUCAGUCCCCACCGACGCCGACGAGCGCUAGUCAUCUACCCCCUGCCACUUUUGCUACACCCAUUCAUCAGCUCUUACCGCCAAUCCCUACUGCAGCAUCAUCCGUAGCCGCCCCUGCGUACUCCGCUGUCCCGGCUCAAGGCAACGUGUUGAGUUCAGAGGGAACGGCCUCGAGCAACAUCAUGGACCUACCGCCUCAAACGACAUCUGAGUCCGAGGCAGGCCCCUCUCACAUCACCGCCGCUAACACAACAGGGGUGUCGUCGACAUCCUCGAUGACUGACGUGACCGCCACGCCAGUCUACUCGGAAGAUGUGGAACCACAUGACCAACCGGCGGACGACAAGGGGAUGACCUCGAGUAUCUCUAAAUGA